UUGAACAAAAUGGAGGAUUUAAAAUUUGACGGCACGGAGCGCCUGGCUGUGGACUACGUGGAGGGAAUUCUGCAGCCCACGCCCACCUGUGACACCUGGGAUCAGAUCUGGAACUUCCAAGCCAGGCCUGAUGAUCUGCUCAUUUCCACCUACCCAAAAGCAGGAACAACCUGGACGCAGGAGAUCGUGGACUUGAUACAAAACGGGGGUGAUAUUGACAGAAGCCAGCGGGCACCUACUCACAAGCGAUUCCCCUUCAUCGAGUGGAAAAUCCCGGGCAUGAAAUCUGGCUUGGAACAAGCUAAUGCAAUGCCUUCACCACGGUUCCUGAAGACGCACCUUCCCAUCCACUUGCUGCCACCAUCCUUCCUGGAGAAAAACUGUAAGAUAAUCUACGUAGCAAGAAACCCCAAGGACAGCAUGGUGUCUUAUUACCACUUCCAAAGGAUGAAUAAAGGGCUUCCUGCUCCAGGAACCUGGGAAGAGUACUUUGAGAGUUUUCUGGCUGGGAAUGUGUGCUGGGGCUCCUGGUACGACCACGUGAAGGGAUGGUGGGACGCCAAGGACCAGCACCGCAUCUUCUACCUCUUCUACGAGGACAUGAGGAGGAACCCAAAGCAUGAAAUUCAGAAGCUGGCAGAAUUUAUUGGAAAGAGCCUAGACGAUAAAGUUCUGGAUAAAAUUGUCCAUUACAGUUCAUUUGACGUCAUGAAGCAGAACCCAAUGGCAAACUACACGUCGAUUCCAGCUGAUUUCAUGAACCACUCUAUUUCUCCAUUCAUGAGAAAAGGGGCUGUGGGAGACUGGAAGAAUCACUUCACUGUGGCCCAGAACGAGAGAUUUGAUGAAGAUCACAAGAAGAAGAUGGCUGACACCACUCUAACUUCCCACUUCCGAUUCUUGUAA